AGUAUAUUGACUUUUUUUUUUGCAGAAUCCCAAAACCUCUGAAACAGUGAAGCACAUGCUUGAUGAAGCAAAUGGAGAUGAACUACAAACAUGUUUUGGUUCACGGAUGGAGUUUGGGACAGCAGGCCUCAGAGCAGCCAUGGGGGCAGGAAUUUCUCAAAUGAAUGACUUGACUAUUAUCCAGACAACUCAGGGAUUUUGUAGAUACCUUGAAAAGAACUUCAGUGACCUAAAUAAAAGAGGCGUAGUAAUUGGCUGUGAUGCUCGUGCCCAUCCUUCCAGUGGAGGAAGCAGCAAGAGGUUUGCCAGGCUUGCUGCAACAACUUUUAUCAGUCAGGGAAUUCCAGUAUAUCUCUUCUCCAAAAUAACACCAACUCCUUUUGUGCCAUACACAAUAACUCAUCUAAAACUUUGUGCUGGAAUCAUGAUUACUGCAUCCCAUAACCCAAAGCAAGACAACGGCUACAAGGUUUACUGGGAAAAUGGUGCACAGAUAAUAUCUCCUCAUGACAAAGGAAUCUCUGAAGCAAUUGAAGAGAACCAAGAGCCAUGGCCUGAGGCUUGGAAUGAUAGUUUGAUAGAGAACAGCUCACUACAUCAUGAUCCUUAUGCUACUAUAAAAAAAGACUACUUUAAAGAUAUACAGAAGCUGUGUUUUCACAGGAAUAUAAACAAGGAAACAAAUCUGAAAUUUGUUCAUACUUCCGUGCAUGGCGUAGGCCAUGAAUUUGUGCAGUUAGCCUUUGAGGCGUUUGGCUUCAAACCUCCAUUUGCUGUUCCAGAACAGAAGGAACCUGAUCCAGAAUUUCCAACAGUAAAAUAUCCAAAUCCUGAAGAGGGUAAAGGUGUUCUGACAUUGUCUUUUGCUUUGGCUGAAAAAGAAGGGGCUAAAAUCAUUUUAGCAAAUGAUCCAGAUGCUGAUCGACUUGCUGUGGCAGAGAAACAAGAAAGUGGUGAGUGGAAAGUGUUUUCUGGCAAUGAGACAGGAGCUCUUUUAGGCUGGUGGAUCUUCACUUGUUGGAAAAAUCAAAAACAGGAUCCAAGUGCCAUUAAAGAUGUAUACAUGUUGUCCAGUACCGUCUCUUCCAAAAUCCUAAGAGCUAUUGCACUGAAGGAGGGCUUUCACUUUGAGGAAACUUUGACCGGGUUCAAAUGGAUGGGAAAUCGAGCCAAGCAACUUAUGGACCAGGGGAAGACUGUUUUGUUUGCUUUUGAAGAGGCAAUAGGAUAUAUGUGUAGCCCUGCUGUCUUGGACAAAGAUGGUGUUAGUGCUGCUGUUAUAGCUGCAGAGAUGUCUAGUUUUCUUGCAACCAAGAACUUGUCUUUGGCUCAACAGCUUAAAGCUGUCUAUGAACAGUAUGGAUUCCAUAUUACUAAAGCUUCAUAUUUUAUCUGCCAUGAUCCUGAGACUAUUGAAGAACUGUUUGAGAAUCUGAGGAAUCAUGAUGGAAAGAAGAACACUUACCCAAAAUCUUGUGGUAGAUUUAAAGUUUCUGGAGUAAGAGAUCUAACUACUGGCCAUGAUAGCAGCCAACCUGAUCAAAAGGCUAUUCUCCCUACCAGUAAGAGUAGCCAAAUGAUAACAUUUACUUUUGCUAAUGGAGGAGUAGCUACUAUGAGGACCAGUGGGACAGAACCAAAAAUCAAAUACUAUGCUGAACUUUGUGCACCUCCUGGAAACAGUGACUUGGAGCAACUCAAGAAGGAAUUGGAAGAGUUGGUCAAUGCUAUUGAAAAACAUUUCUUUCAGCCAGAAAAAAACAAACUUCAGGCCAAGGCAGAGUAAAACAACUGAAAAUAUGUCUUUAAUUGUACUGUUUCUUGAGCACUUAGUGUAAAACUCUACAGUAUUUAAAAAGCAGGAAUUUCUAGGACCACAAGCCUCCAAGCUAUGAUGAAAAGUAAUUAAGAGUUCCAGUGUCACACUUAGUCCAGUGUCUUUUUUUAAGGAAGGAAAAGUGGUUUUAUUGAGCUAAAAGCAAUUGAUUCUUUAAAACCUAACAAUCAAAAAUCAUCCAACAAUAUCUUUUGAUUAUUAAAGUUUUUAUCAAUGUAAAAUUUUAUUGUAAUUAACAUAUUUUAGUUUCUGUUUUUUUCUGUUUUUUGAGGCUAAUUUUGCAGCAAUAUAGAUAAUCACAUUUUUUAUGGAAACUGAAUAGCAAUGCAUAAUGUGUGUUUACAGUUAGCAUUUGCAAAGUUGGUUAAUCACCCUGUGAGGGAGUACUUGAGUGGCGAUCUGAAGAAUUUAAGUAAAAACAGUUCAGCUAUCCCCAGAAUAAUAAGUUUGUAUGAGGGGCUUUAGACAGAAUAGCAGAAUUUAGCAGGGAUAUUCCUGUUUGCUUUGUUGUCUGUAAAAUACAAUAUCUUCUAGGUAGGGGUACUGAACUCAGGUUAUGCGGACCAGCCUUCUUUGUCUAUAGAGACAUUGAGCCACCCUCAUAUCCCAGGGAUUUUAAGAUUUCUGCCAUCCCACUGAAGUAAGUACACGGUGUAGCCUGAUAAUCCUGAAUUUUGGGACAUAUCUGAUUGCAUACUACCAGAAUUGGGUGCACAUAUGCUCAUGUCUAAAUCAAGGAAGCAAUGGGCACAACACUGCCUGCCAUCUCAGUCUGGAACCUGACUUGAUAUCAAGGAAGUGUCCACUGAGGGCAGAAAAAAGGUCUCUCUGAAACUGAGACAAAAGCUGUUUUUUGUUCUCAGUUUGGGACACUAAAAUAGUCUAGCAUAUCCCUGGUAAACAAGUCUAUUUGCAAUAUUGCUGUAUCCAUUGCAUGCAGGAUCACUAAGCUCUGUGCUAAAGAUAUAUAGAAUCUAAUUUAAUGUUAUUUGUAGCUAUUUUAAAUUAAUGUAUAAGGUUCCUGGUGAACCAACCUACCAAUAAAUAAGUCCCUAGUAUCUUUGAACAAUAAUAUAACUAGCUCCUUAAUUCAGCAGAGAUAGCUGUAUCAACUUCUGCAUAGUCAGGAAGUUUUGAAAUUCUUACCAGUGUCUUCCCCUCCCCCAACUGCUGUUUGCAGAUUCAGGAAGACUUUACUGCAGUGGUUAGCUUCUAAAUGAGUAUCUUUGCACCUAUUAGGCAUUAAAAGAAAGUAAAUAUCGCAGAGAACUUUGAGGAAAUCAAGUGUUGCAGGACUUUUAUUAGGUAAAUCCAGCUCCUUUUGGGACUAGGGAAAAGAUGAAAUUAAAAAAGUGCUCAUUUUAUUAAUAAGUCAUCCUUCCCUCUGUUCUCUGUAUCCUGUUUUGUUCACCUGUUUGCAGCCUGUCAAAAACCAGGAUAGAGCAGAGACCAACUUCUUCAUAUGUGUUUGUGGAAUGCCUCAUAUAAAGCUACAUUAAUCUUUGAUGGGCUCCAGGUGCUAUUAAACACACUGCUGCUGAUACAGGAAACUUUUCCAUUAACUUUGGACCAGAAUUAGGUAUUUUGUAAAGAAAUUCUGUGCACCUGUGUAAUCUUCUGGAAAUGAAAUGCAAGAACAUGGACUCUACCGCAAGGGUGUCAAACUCAUCUGUCCCCUUAGUGUAAGAACAGCAUGGGGCUGAUCCUGUGGGCCAAAUCAGGGCCUCAGGGCCACAGUCCCCUGUGCCCCCCGCCCACACACUUCCUUCUCCCCUGGCAGCAUGCUAGAUCUAGCACCCAGGGCAAGCACUGCAUACAGCAUGGGGCCCAUAUCAGCUCAAGGAGGCACUGGAUCAGCGUGCAAGGGACACAUGGACCCACUCCCACAAGCCAGAUCCAGUGCCUGCUCUGACUGGUCAGAGAAUACACCACAUACAGCACACACUCUAGACCAGCCAGAGCAGCCACUGUGUACAGCUUGUGUCCUGGAAUGGACAUCAUGUGUGAUUUAUGUACCACAGUGGGCACCAUGGGUGCUAGAUCUAGUAUAUAGAAGGGGGAAGGGGGGUGCCAGAAACCUCAUUUGGGUCUUGUAGUGCAAGUCCCAGGCCCUGCAUGUGGGGCUAGUACGGUGCUUGCUAAGCUAGCACCAGGAGCCAGAUGAUGUGGCUUUGUGGCCCAGAUCUUGAUAACCCUGCUCUAGUCUGCAAAGAUAAAUGUCUUACUCAGCAGAAAAAUCCACUUUGCUGUGUGUGAGUCACUGUCAUUACUGUUUUCAUGUUGAUGAUUGUACAAUUUACUGCCAGUGUUGGAUAAAAUGUUUGCUUUUAUGUCAGCAUUUUAUGUAUGUUUUGUUGUGCUGAAAUAAAAUGCGUUUGGCAUACUGUAA